UCUCAAUUUCUCACCCUAAAACCCACACACCACGUUUUUCACUGAGAAAAUGAAACUGAUCAACCACUAGAACACUCCGCCACCGGAAAGCUGAAAAGAGCAACUGAGGCAGAUGAAUCUCCGGCAGCGGGCGCCGGCCACGGGCCCAUACGCGCGGCCGCCGAUGCAGGAGGUCUUCAACAUAAUCCCCAUCCACAACCUCCUCGCCGACCACCCCUCCCUCCGCUACCCCGAGAUACGCGCCGCCGCCGCCGCCCUACGCGCCGUCGGCGACCUCCGCAAGCCGCCGUUCCUGGAGUGGAAGAGCGACUACGACCUGAUGAACUGGCUCGGAAUCUUCUUCGGCUUCCAGGACGACAACGUCCGGAACCAGCGGGAGCACCUGGUCCUGCACCUCGCCAACUCCCAAAUGCGCCUCCAGCCGCCGCCGCACCUCGUCGACGUCCUCGACCCGGGGGUCCUCCGCCGCUUCCGCCGCAAGCUGCUCGGGAACUACACCUCCUGGUGCGCCUACCUCGGCCGCAGAUCAAACGUCGUCGUCUCGCGGCGCCGCGCUGGCGAUGAUCUCCGCCGCGAGCUGCUCUACGUGGCGCUGUACCUCCUGGUCUGGGGUGAGUCCGGUAACCUGAGAUUUACUCCAGAGUGUAUUUGUUACAUCUAUCAUCAUAUGGCUAUGGAGCUCAACCAGGUUCUUGAUGAGGACAUCGACCCGGAGACCGGCCGGCCUUUUUUGCCUAGUGUCUCCGGUGAGAAUGCAUUCUUGAAGAGUGUGAUUAUCCCGAUUUACGGCACGAUUAGCGCAGAGGUUAGUAGCAGUAGAAAUGGCACCAGGCCGCAUUCGGCCUGGCGAAAUUAUGAUGAUAUCAACGAGUAUUUUUGGUCCAGGAGGUGUUUCAAGAGACUCAGAUGGCCUAUUAACCUCGGUAGUAAUUUCUUUUGUUAUGAAAAUACAACUACUGGCAAGGAAAAGAGGGUGGGGAAGACGGGGUUUGUGGAGCAGAGGUCGUUUUGGAAUCUGUUUAGGAGUUUCGACAAGCUGUGGGUGAUGCUGAUAUUGUUUUUGCAGGCUGCUCUUAUUGUGGCUUGGGAGGGAAAAGAGUAUCCGUGGACGGCGUUGGAGAGUCGGGAUGUGCAGGUGGAGUUGCUGACUGUGUUUAUUACUUAUGGAGGUCUUAGGGUUCUUCAGGCAGUGCUUGAUGCUGGGACUCAGUAUAGUUUGGUGACGAGGGAGACUUUGUCACUUGGGGUGAGAAUGGUGCUGAAGGCGUUGGUGGCAAUGGCGUGGACUAUUAUUUUUGCUGUGUUUUAUGCAAGGAUUUGGGCUCAGAAGAAUUCUGAUGGGAGGUGGUCUGAUGAGGCAAAUAGCAGGAUUGUUGAUUUUCUUUGGACUGCACUUGUUUUUGUUAUUCCGGAAUUGCUGGCAUUGCUUCUGUUCAUAGUUCCUUGGGUGAGGAAUUUCAUUGAAGAGUUGAAUUGGAAUGCAAUUUAUGUGUUUACAUGGUGGUUUCACACCCGGAUUUUUGUUGGCCGUGCACUGAGGGAAGGGCUUAUCAAUAAUGUCAAGUACACACUGUUCUGGAUUAUUGUAUUGGCUUCAAAGUUUGCGUUCAGUUAUUUCCUUCAGAUCAAACCGCUUGUUAACACAACAAAGGCUAUCAUGAAGAUUAAGGUUCACACAUACAAGAUGCAUGUUUUCUUCGAGGGGACUAAUGUAAUAGCAGUUGUGUUGCUCUGGGUUCCUGUUUUGUUGAUUUACCUGAUGGAUCUGCAGAUAUGGUAUGCCGUUUUUUCAUCCUUUAUUGGUGCAACAAUUGGGCUGUUUUCACAUUUGGGUGAGAUAAGGAAUAUCAAACAGCUGAGGCUUAGGUUUCAGUUCUUUGCUAGUGCAUUGCAAUUUAAUCUCAUGCCAGAGGAGCAGUCAUUACGUCCAGAGCCGACAAUGGUGAAGAAACUCCGAGAUGCCAUUCACAGGUUGAAGUUGCGAUAUGGUCUUGGUCAAGCUUACCAGAAGACUGAAUCAAGCCAAAUAGAAGCUACAAGGUUUGCCUUGAUAUGGAAUGAAAUAAUGACAACUUUCAGAGAGGAAGAUCUUAUCAGUGAUCGAGAACUUGAGCUCAUGGAACUACCACCUAAUUGUUGGAACAUUAGAGUUAUUCGUUGGCCGUGUUUCUUCCUUGCAAAUGAAUUACUGCUUGCUUUAAGUCAGGCAAAGGAGAUGGCAGCUGAACCUGAUGACGUGCUUUGGUUGGGGAUAUGUAAGAGUGAGUAUCGGCGGUGUGCUGUUAUUGAAGCGUAUGACAGCAUAAGGUAUCUGCUUCUUGUGAUUGUUAGAUAUCGCACAGAAGAAUAUUCCAUCAUUGCAAAUUUGUUCAGGGAGAUAGAUCAAUGUAUUGAGAAUCAAAAGUUUACGGUGACAUAUAGGAUGUCUCUGCUUCCUCAAAUUCAUGCCAAAUUAGUUUCUCUUAUUGACCUUAUGCUGCAAUCGAAGAAAGAUACAAGUAAGACUGUGGAUAUGUUGCAGGCGCUGUAUGAACUCUCUGUUCGUGAAUUCCCAAGGGUGAAGAAGUCUAUGGAGACAUUGAGGGCUGAAGGCCUGGCAACUCGUAGUAGAUCCACUGACGAGGGCUUGCUUUUUGAAAAUGCGAUUCAGUUCCCUGAUGAUGAGGAUGCAAUCUUCUUUGGGCAUUUGCGGCGUCUGCAUACAAUUCUCACUUCUAGAGACUCAAUGCUCAAUGUCCCUGUAAAUAUUGAGGCGAGAAAGCGCAUUGCCUUCUUUAGCAACUCACUUUUCAUGAACAUGCCACGUGCUCCCUAUGUUGAAAAAAUGAUGUCUUUCAGUGUCCUGACUCCAUAUUAUGAUGAGGAAGUGCUGUAUGGCAAAGAAUCUCUUCGAUCUGAGAAUGAAGAUGGGAUUUCCACCUUGUUUUACCUGCAGAAGAUUUAUGAAGGUGAGUGGACAAACUUUCUGGAACGGAUGCACAGAGAGGGCAUGAAGGAUGAGGAUGAACUCUUUAAUACGAAGGCAAGAGAUCUCCGUGUUUGGGUAUCAUACAGAGGCCAGACAUUAUCUCGUACUGUGAGAGGAAUGAUGUACUACUAUAGGGCACUGAAGAUGCUUGCCUUUCUUGAUUCUGCAUCCGAGAUGGAUAUAAGGGAUGGAUCACAGCAAACUGGCUCUCAUGGUUUGAUGACCCACAAUAACAUUAUGGAUGGUGUACAGUCAGGUUCGCAAACAGCUCCACAAAAACUCGGAAGAACUGCCAGUGUGACUAACUUAUUCAAGGGCCAUGAACAUGGCAUUGCUUUGUUGAAAUUCACGUAUGUGGUUGCCUGCCAACUAUAUGGGAAGCACAAGGCUAAGGGAGACAACCGUGCGGAGGAGAUAUUAUACCUGAUGAAAAACAAUGAGCCGCUUCGAGUGGCUUAUGUUGAUGAGGUUAAGUUGGGGAGAGAUGAGGUUGAGUAUUACUCUGUGCUGGUCAAAUAUGAUCAGCAGGUCCAAAGGGAGGUAGAGAUCUAUCGGAUCAGGUUGCCUGGUCCCUUGAAGCUUGGUGAAGGCAAACCAGAGAAUCAAAACCAUGCCAUAAUCUUUACCAGAGGUGAUGCACUUCAGACAAUUGACAUGAACCAAGACAAUUAUUUUGAGGAGGCACUCAAAAUGCGGAAUUUGUUAGAGGAAUUCAAGAACGUUUAUGGCAUCAGAAAGCCAACCAUCUUGGGUGUCCGUGAGAAUAUCUUCACAGGUUCUGUAUCAUCCCUUGCUUGGUUCAUGUCUGCUCAGGAGAUGAGUUUUGUGACCCUGAACCAGCGUGUUUUGGCAAACCCUUUGAAGGUGCGAAUGCACUAUGGUCAUCCAGAUGUGUUUGACAGGUUCUGGUUCUUGCCGCGAGGUGGAAUCAGCAAGGCUUCUAAAGUUAUCAAUAUCAGUGAGGACAUAUUUGCUGGCUUCAACUGCACACUGCGGGGUGGCAAUGUAACUCACCAUGAAUAUAUGCAGGUUGGCAAGGGAAGGGAUGUUGGGUUAAAUCAGAUCUCCAUGUUUGAGGCCAAGGUUGCAAGUGGCAAUGGUGAGCAGGCUUUGAGCAGAGAUGUGUACCGAUUGGGUCAUCGAUUGGACUUCUUUCGGAUGCUGUCAUUUUUCUAUUCAACUGUUGGGUUCUACUUUAACACAAUGGUGGUGGUACUAACUGUUUAUUCAUUCUUGUGGGGCCGCCUUUUCCUUGCUCUCAGUGGGGUCGAGGACGAUCUGGACACAAACAACAAUAAAGCAGUUGGUGUGAUCUUAAAUCAGCAAUUCAUUAUUCAGCUUGGUCUGUUCACUGCCCUACCGAUGAUUGUUGAGAAUUCCCUGGAACAGGGUUUCCUCACAGCGGUUUGGGAUUUCUUAACAAUGCAGUUGCAGCUUGCUUCAGUCUUUUACACAUUCUCGAUGGGAACUCGUUCCCAUUUUUUCGGUCGUACUAUUCUUCAUGGGGGUGCAAAGUACCGAGCAACCGGACGUGGCUUUGUGGUCCAGCACAAGAGCUUUGCCGAGAACUAUAGACUAUACUCUCGCAGUCAUUUUGUGAAGGCAAUCGAACUUGCGAUUAUUUUAAUAGUGUAUGCUGUUCAUAGCAGUGUGCCCCGAAAUACCUUUGCUUACAUUGGCAUGAGUGUCUCAAGCUGGUUUCUGGUAGUGUCAUGGAUGCUGGCUCCCUUUAUUUUUAACCCUUCUGGAUUUGAUUGGCUGAAAACUGUCUAUGACUUUGAUGAUUUUAUGAAUUGGUUAUGGUACUCUGGAGGGGUGUUCACAAAACCUGAACACAGCUGGGAAACAUGGUGGUACGAGGAACAGGACCAUUUGAGAACAACUGGCCUUUGGGGAAAGCUUUUGGAAAUUCUUUUGGAUCUCCGUUUCUUCUUCUUUCAGUAUGGUGUUGUGUAUCAACUGGGUAUAACUGGUGGAAACAAAAGUAUAGGUGUUUACUUGCUGUCUUGGAUAUACAUGGUUGUAGCUGUUGGUAUUUAUAUGACCAUAUCCUGGGCUCAGAACAAAUAUGCUGCGAAGGAACAUGUAUACUACCGGCUAGUUCAGCUUUCUGUCAUAGUGGUUAUGGUACUCUUUAUUGCUCUGCUGCUGGAGUUCACUGGUUUCAAGUUCAUAGACAUUGCCUCAAGUCUCCUGGCAUUCAUUCCUACUGGCUGGGGUAUAAUUUUAAUUGCUCAAGUGCUUAGACCUUUUCUGCAGACCACACCGGUGUGGGAUACUGUGGUUUCCUUGGCUCGACUUUAUGAUAUGCUAUUUGGAGUAACUGUUAUGGCUCCUGUGGCGCUGCUGUCAUGGUUACCUGGAUUUCAGUCAAUGCAGACUAGGAUCUUGUUCAAUGAAGCAUUCAGCAGAGGUCUCCAGAUAUCUCGUAUCCUUACUGGCAAAAAGUCUAACUGAGCUGUAUUCGGAGGUCCUGAUGGGGCUUAGGUGUAAAAUACCCAAUUAGGCUGGCGUUGAAUUUAACUGACCAAGGUACGAACUGUACUGUUGCUCACCUGAUUCGUUUAUAGGGGUGCUUCCUCUUUCGAUUGAGAUUCACAAUUCUGAUUAGCUAGGGUUAGAUCUUGUAAUGAAAAUGAAACAAGAGUGCAUCUUAAGUUAUCG